AUGUUUUAUAGACUGUUUAGAUUCACCGUCGCCGUUGUCUUUGCAAUCGCAUUCUUGUCAGAGCUUGUUCACGCUGCUUCUCCAAUUGAGGAAACUGGUGUUCAAUGUUUAGCCUGUUGUCCCAUCUUAGCACACAGAAUUGCCUCUGAACACCAUUCACGCUGCGCAUCAAUUAUACUCAAUAAUAAGAGUGGCUAUAACAUAAGAUUGGUAGUUUCCAGUCUUGAAGAUGGUCGUUGGGUUACAUCAGAUGAUUCUGGUGACAUCGAUAUAGACUGCAGCCCACGGACCGACCUCGCAAAUGGUGAAUCCGAAGUCUUUUCGAGUGUCACGAGCCAUUUUUUGGGUGGAAUAAGUGGUUAUGCCUUAUUUAUCAUAGACGAUAAAGCUUUUACCACUUUUGCCGUAAAAUGGAAGGCUCCAACAAUUGGUCCUAAUGAACAUUAUGUUAGCGGAUUGCCUACGGAAAAUUAUCAUGUUGCGCUCCAAUAUGGCUUUGACCAUACAGUCUUUCAAGUUACAGUUGCGCAAGUUAUGCCUCCGCCAGUUCCAACUCCAGAUCCGCCAGUUCCAACUCCAGACCCGCCAGUUCCAACUCCAGACCCGCCAAUUCCAACUCCAGACCCGCCAGUUCCAGCUCCAGACCCGCCAGUUCCAGCUCCAGAUACGCCAGAUAGUACUUUAAGCGAGCGUAUCAAUUCUCAACCAAAACGAUAUCUUGCUACAUCAAUGCCAUCUUACCACUCUUCCGACUAUUCUAAACAACAACCAUCUCGUUCCAACUAUA